CGAUGGCCCUCCGUGCGUCGUGUCCCUUUGCAUACGGGUCCAGCUCUCCCCGCCUACUGGUGCCACUCUCGACAUGGUCAUGACGAGCCUGAUCAGCCCCCAGCAGUGGCAAGACAGCCCCGUCGACUAUCCCCGUGAUCUCGAGGGCCAAUGUCGUUUCGGGGUCAAACCGACGUCGGUGGUGGCCAGUGCCGAGGCCUUGCCCGACGGUGUGGAGCGCAUCGCCUCGCCGGCUGGGGCUGGUACUGUCAGUGUGGCGCCGGUCUUGUCGUUCAUCGGCGAGCAGCUCAACACCAACGGCCGUCGGCUAGUGCACCAGGGGGUGAUCGACCUGCUGACAUUCGUCAAUCAGCUGGGAGGGACAUUUCCUCAGGACGGCGUGACAGUCGAGAGAUGUUUCCUGCUGUACAGACCAGAGGCCAUCGCAGACUUUUAGUUGCUUCUAUGCUGCAGAGGGGGAGGGUGAGAGUCUCGAUGAUCGGUUUAGUUGCCUGUGUGUGUGUAUGUGUGUGUGUAUGUGUGUGGGAAGGCUUUUUUGGCUGUGGUGGCGCUUUCGUCGAGUCAAAUGGAGGGACGAGGGGAUGCGUUAAUGGAUUCAGUCAGUCGCCCGUGUGUGAGUGCGAAAUGAAGCGUCUUGGCGAUUUAAUUUGCGUGGCUCGAAUGAGACUUGCUUAUGCCCUUUCAAUGUGUGCCAUCU